CCGGAUAUCCAACUUUUACAACACAUCUUCAACAUGACUUCUCUAGCAGCAAACCUGGCGCAGGCUCUUCCCAAGCCAAAGUAUACAGGAGAAGAAGAGGAUAUUCCACAGCAUGCCCAGCAGAGAGGUCCCAGAAUCGUAGGAGCAGGCACGCUCGAUGAUUCGCAAAUUGUUUUACGGGUGAGUCGCAUUACAGUUUCUCGCAUGGAAGGAUAUACUAAUACUUUCUGCCAGAAAACUGGACCACCGCCAUACGGACAGCGAGCAGGAUGGCGACCAAGAGGACCAGAAGACUUUGGAGAUGGAGGCGCGUUCCCUGAAGUACCUGUCGCACAAUAUCCCCUCGAUAUGGGCCGAAAGUCGAAUUCUUCCAGUACCGCUCUGGCAGUCCAGGUUGAUGGAGAGGGGAAAGUAAAGUACGAUGCGAUUGCGCGACAGGGACAUAAUGAUAAGAGAAUUGUACAUGCUUCGUUCAAGGAUCUGAUACCACUUCGGCAGAGGGCCGAUGCGGGGGAUAUUAAUCUUGAUCGACCGAGUGAGGAGGAAGUUAAGGCCUCGACGGAACGGACGAAGGAUGCGCUUGCGAAGUUGGUCAGCGGUGCGGUGGCAGCGCAGAAACCGAAGAAUGUGAAUAUUGGGAGUAAGAAGGAGCCUACGUUUGUAAGGUAUACGCCUGCGAAUCAGAUGGGGGAUAAUACGAGGAAGAAUGAUCGGAUUAUGAAGAUUGUCGAGAGACAGGUUGAUCCUAUGGAGCCGCCCAAGUUCAAACAUAAGAAGAUUCCAAGGGGACCACCUAGUCCGCCGCCGCCGGUUAUGCAUUCGCCUCCUAGGAAGUUAACGGCUGAGGAUCAGGAGGCGUGGAAGGUUCCCCCGCCUGUAUCGAAUUGGAAGAAUCCUAAGGGCUAUACUGUGCCGUUGGAUAAACGAUUGGCGGCGGAUGGGAGAGGAUUGCAGGAUGUUACUAUAAACGAUAAAUUCGCCCAGUUUGCUGAAGCUUUGUUUACAGCCGAUAGACAUGCGAGAGAGGAGGUUAAGCAGAGAUCAUUGAUGCAACAAAGAUUAGCAGAAAAGGAAAAGGCACAGAAAGAAGAGCACCUUCGAAUGCUUGCCCAGAAAGCUAGAGAAGACCGAGCAGCCGCUGGAUCAGGAAGACGCAAUUCACGAACCUCAAGAUCACGCUCUGGAAGCUACAGCUAUUCAGAAUCAGAAUCGGAUAGUGGCGAUGAAGCUGAAGUCCGCGAACGCGAAAAAGCCCGACAAGAGAAACGCCGUGAGGAAGAGCGGAAUCUACGACAAUCACGUAUGGGCGCCGAACGACGAGUUCAAAUGAUGGCUCGUGAACAGAAUCGUGAUAUUUCUGAAAGGGUCGCUCUUGGUCUCGCUAAACCUACCCAGAGCUCGGAAAGCAUGUUCGAUUCGAGAUUGUUCAACCGAACAUCUGGCUUUGAUAGUGGAUUCAAUGAGGAUCAGCAUUAUGACAAACCGCUUUUCCAGGCACAUGAUGCUAUUAAUAGUAUUUAUCGUCCUCAGCAGAAUAUGGAUGAUGGGGAUGAUGAGGAAGCCGCGGAGGCGGAGAUGGGAAAGAUAAAGCGAACAGGGAGGUUUAGUGAGGCGCUUGGGAAGGGGACUUUUAAGGGGAGUGGGGAUGUUGAGGUUAGUUUUUUGCCCUUUUCUGAACUUUUGAGAGGUGUUUGCUAAUUUGUCCGAUAUAGGCGAGAGAAGGACCCGUGCAAUUCGAAAAAGACACGGGCGAUGUUUUUAAUGUCGAUGAGUUCCUGACUAAAGUCGGGGAAGGUGGUAGUGGGGGAGCCAGUGAGAAUAAGAGGGGGUAUGGGCUGCAGGAGGGCGAGGAGAGGAGUAGUAAGAGAGCUAGAAUGGAAAAUGACGAUGAGGACUAGACGGGUGGGUUGUUUGGAUUGGGGUGUUGUGUAUGAACAAAUUACUGGGCGGACAGUGGAGAUGGGUGCGCGGCAAGGGAAAGGAUUGCUUGAUUGCAUGACUGCGUGGCAUGGCAUUGGAGUCUGCUAUCAGUGUUAGUGUGCGCUACUGUACUUUAAGAAUUGGAGUAUCGAUACCCAAAGUGAUGUGAUG